GUUUACUAAAUAUUUAUGUAUUAAUUAGUUUUGAAAUAAAUUCAAACAAAACACAAACAGUUUUAUUAUUAUUAUUAUAUAUCUUUAAUAUCACCAGAAAUUGAUCCACAAAAUGAAGAUAUCAUUGAAUGAUAUGACAUCGAUGUCUUCUGGCUCUGAUGUUUACGCUGACGACUGCAACAACAAUUGGCAUCAAUUGGACGACACCGAUGAGGACGACUAUGACUCGCCGGACGACUUCGAUUACGCUGUCGACUAUUGCGACGAUGAGAAUGGUGUCUUCUGGGGCCGGAUUACCGACUCGGAGCGCAACUAUGUGGCCGAACUGUAUCGGCAACAACGAGACCAACAACAACAGCAGCAAUCGGUGGCCGAAUUGGACGAAUCGAUGGACACCGAAACUACAUUUCUAACUAACAUUUCGGACAUUGAUUAUUCGGCUGUAGUUUCGUCGCUCGGUUCGCCCAACGAAACGGCAACAUCGAUGGCCAACGAAACGGCAACAUCGAUGGCCAACGAAACGGCAACAUCGAUGGCCAACGAAACGGCAACAUCGAUGGCCAACGAAACGGCAACAUCGAUGGCCAACGAAACGGCAACAUCGAUGGCCAACGAAACGGCAACAUCGAUGGCCAACGAAACGGCAACAUCGAUGGCCAACGAAACGGCAACAUCGAUGGCCAACGAAACGGCAACAUCGAUGGCCAACGAAACGGCAACAUCGAUGGCCAACGAAACGGCAACAUCGAUGGCCAACGAAACGGCAACAUCGAUGGCCAACGAAUCGGCAACAUCGAUGGCCAACGAAACGGCAACAUCGAUGGCCAACGAAACGGCAACAUCGAUGGCCAACGAAACGGCAACAUCGAUGGCCAACGAAACGGCAACAUCGAUGGCCAACGAAACGGCAACAUCGAUGGCCAACGAAACGGCAACAUCGAUGGCCAACGAAACGGCAACAUCGAUGGCCAACAACAACGUGUCCACCAUAUCUAAACAGGACAACGACUUGAUUGGUGGCGAUCGGGAAAAUAUGUAUAGUAAGGGUAAUUGUGAAAUUACAAUGUCGUUGAUUGACCUGAACUCGCCGCUACCGUCGGCGACGACAACAUCUAAACAGGACAACGACUUGAUUGGUAGCGAUCGGGAAAUUAUGAAUACUACGGGUAAUUGUGAAAUUACAAUGUCGUUGAUCGACCUCAACUCACCGCAGUCGCUACCGUCGACGACGACAACAAUGUCUUCAUUGAAACCUUUGAAGACUCCGUUAACAAGAUUUUCGGCCAAACGCUUAUCGAACACACCAUUACGGCGGCGGCGGCGGUCAUCACCGAAAUAUGUAUCAACUAAACGAUUUUCGUCUCCGUUUUCGGCCAAUGUCUCAGCCAAUGACUCGACUCUUGACUUCAUUCUCAACGAAAUCAAAUGUAAUUCAUCUUUGGAUGAAAAUAACGAAUCGUUUCUCAAUACGGAUAAACAGUUUGUUUAA